UGCAUUUGCCGAGUUACUGUUCAAUGGCAACUGUCAAAAACCGGAACCAACGAGCAACUGUCAACUGGCUGUGUGAUUUCUUUUCGUUCUAAAUUUUUUAAACGAAAGUUGUGUUUUUUCUUGUGCUGUACACGUUUCGUGUCAAUAACAAAGGCUUAAAAAAUGCGUUACGUGGCUGCAUACAUGUUGGCUGUUCUCGGCGGUUUGGAAAACCCCAAAAAUGCUGAUAUCGAAAAGAUCCUCAGCUCUGUUGGUAUUGAAGCUGACAGUGAACGCUUGACCAAAGUUGUCAGCGAAUUGAACGGCAAGUCUGUUGAAGAAUUGAUCGCCACCGGUCGCGAGAAGUUGUCUUCCAUGCCCGUUGGUGGUGCUGUUGCCGCUGCUGCCGCUCCAGCUGCUGGUGCCGCUGAUGCUGGUGGCAAGAAGGAAGAAGCCAAGAAAGAAGAAAAGAAGGAAGAAUCCGAAUCUGAAGAUGACGAUAUGGGCUUCGCUCUUUUCGAUUAAAUUCGUUGUUCUAGCCAACCACAACUUCAGCCAUAAGACAACAACAACUGCAACUAUGGUCAUUAGCGUGGAAAAACUUGUCGAGCUUUUUUAACCAACAAAUAUUGUUCCUUUCCUCAGUCGAUGUUACCAGCCUUCAUUAAACAGCCGGUUUAAAUACAAACAAAUUAGACUUUCUUUUUAUAAUUUUCACAAAAAAUUAUAAAGGAAUUUUCUGUUUUUAACCAAAACACUUGACUUUAAACCAGUACAAAAAAGAUUGAGAUUUUUAUUUCUAUGAAAUAAAAAUGUAGCAAGUUUUUACACGUUAAAGAAAAACAAAAUAAGAA